UCACAGCCUUUGCCGAGUCUUUCUCUAAUUGUACAUAUGCAUUGACAGGUAUCUCUGUCUAAGUUAUCACCUAGGACUGCAGAGUUCGUGACCUAACGUAAUGGGAGGCUGAGCUAUGCUACAUCCAUGGCGGUCCCUAGGGAGCUAAGCCGACUGUGUCGGCCAACAUGGAUCGCUCUGCUAUUGACCAUAGUGUGUCUACCGUUCACAGAUGCCACCUGUUCCUACCCCAGCGUCCUCGAUGGUGCAUGGUUCUCUAGUGAUUUUGGAGAAGUAACGUUUAGCUCUAAUGCAUUUACCACAAAGUACAGUGUGUCCACGUUCGGCGUCCAAACUUUUACAUGUACAGAGAGCUCCAGUAAUUACUAUCUCGGCGUGUCCAACAGCUUCACAUAUCUCGGUGUACCUCUACAGGUUGGCUUGUGUAUGGACAUGUUCUCCACGAGUUCUAACAAAAUCGUCUACUACUCAGCGUUACCUGUUUUGGCCAACACUACUAAUGAUCGUCUGGUUCUUAAAGUAAGUGGGGCUAGCUUUACCAUCAGCGGUGACUGUGAUUUCUCGUCAGCGCGUGAUGUCAGACAAAUGGGUGUGCUAGUCAAAAAUGGGAGUGUAUCCGACGCAAAAAUCAACUGCCCCAACUCUCUUCUCGGGAGAUUUAACUACACUUUUGACACUGGAUCAGGAAACCUCUGUACUGGCUCAACGGAACUGGAUGUGUGUAGUGAAAACACGGAAAUGUCUUAUAAUUACAGCGCAUGCUCAGUCAAUCAAGGAUAUUCACAGGAUGGUAAGUUGACGUGUAUGUAUUCUGAAGAGUCCGGUGAUGACGUAUUCGUUCUCGCCAUGAACACUGAUGCCACCUACCCAGACGAGACAACAUAUUAUAGGUUCACGUGUUAUGCGGCCUCUAAGUCAGCCAAUGACUCGCGUGUCUCGAUGACACAGUUUCCUCAAGGUUGUCACUCCUCACAGACUUCUACAAGUGUCUCGUCUCCAGGAGGUUCCCUGGAACUCAUUUCAAGUGAGACCUGUGUUCCUGUAACGGCAACAGACGAAGAUGUUAUACUCAGUGCCGGAUCUAUUGCCGUCAUUGUCCUGGUGACUUUCAUCAUACUAGCGGCUAUAACUGCCGCCAUUGUUGUCUUAUGCUACAAGAAAUGGAAGGUAAAACACGUGACACCAGGAGUAGAGCCUAUUAAAUCUCCACCAAUGAACACGUUCGACAGAGUUAAUUCUGCUUUCAGCAGGGACGGUAUGUUCGCGACCAAUUCGCCCUACCCCACGGUCAGUGAAAUGGCGAUUUGCCGUUUUGGUCCGUCUCCGAUACAGGACGACGAUGGGGGUAUCACUUUAUGUGCAACUACCCCAGGGAUAGAUGCAGAGAGGAUAACUCUAGCUCCAACAACUCCGGGAUUGAAUGACGAUUAUAUGGACAUAAAUGAGGUCGAUCAAGAUGUCCGACAGACCGGACCGGAUCCGGAAAUCAAUGAUGCAAACCAAGAACUGGAACCGGAGCUAAAGAAUCUGCAUGAAGCAGAAAAAGAUCCGGAUCAAGUUAGUUUACCGGUGUAUAGUGAGGUAGGGGGUGAAACACCUGAGCCGACACGGAUAGCGGAAGUGGACGGUGAAGAGGCAAAAAUUGACUCAUGAAAAUAUGUGUAUAAACAUAUACUAAAAAACUUAAUACGAGUAAUGUCUGAAGAAUAUUGUGUUUUUUAAUUGUAGCAAAUCUAAUGUCAAAUUUAUCAUUGCAAUGUUAAACCUCUCUGCCUAUUAUGUGUAUAACAAUUUUGUUAACUAAGUUUUAGACCCUUCAUUCUCGAUAAUGAGUGUUGAACCCUAAGUCUUUCCAUAUCAUUAUCAAAUAACAAUACAUUACAAUAUCGAAACAUUAAUUAUUAUGAUAGUUCAUUAGUACAUAGAGCAGUACUUUUUUUAAUUUUCGAACUAUGCUUUCAUAAUCUACAAAUGAGUUUAAAAGCAUUUUACUUAUUUUUCUUAUAACGUUUUUUUUUUUCAUUUAAACUUCACAAAGAUUCAAAAUUUUUAAAGAAACAUAUUUCAGGUUUUACCUUCUGUGAUAAACUGGGCUCUGCAAUCAUUCUUUGGAUACCUAGCUAAUAAAUACCGGAUAGUUUUUUUUUUUAGAUAGACGCAAAUGUGACAUUCAUGAAUCUUACAAAUAAAUGACUUGGUUUUCAAUUGUACUUGUAAUAAUUGUUUCAUCAACAAUAAAUUGUAUUACAUUGUCUCACAGAAG